AAAAGUGUGCAAAAUAUAACAGAAAUCGGAAAAGCAAAGCGGCGUAAAAUGAAAUAUGGAAGAAUUUGAGAAGAAGUUAUCAAUAAAGGAGGAGUCUUGUUCAGUUUCAGAGAUGGAAGAAGGAAGCCCUAAUAAUUCAAAAGUCGUAGCUUUGCUUCGUCGAUUCCUUGCAAUUCAGCAGCGCCGGGCUGAAGCUUAUUCCAAGCUCAAAUGGGGAUUUGAAGAGUAUGUCGCUUCGGGUGGGGAAUUGGCGUACCAGCAACUCUGCAGCGAAAUUACACUCGAGUUCAGUGAUUGCUCAAAACAAGUUCUUGAAAUUGAAUCCUUAUUUCUGAAUCCCGAUUACUGUCGUGGUGAUUUAGCUCAACUUUUAAGAGCUGUUCAGACCCAGGAAAAGCAGAAGUUGCAUCUGACAGCUACAAUACAGGUAUUAAAGAAGGCCGGUCGACCGUCGGAGCGUUUGGUGAGCCAUACGAACUGCAAAUUUGAGAAACCGACGGAGCACGAGUGUGUGCAUGUUCAUGAGAUAACAGAAGCUGCAGGAACUGAAGAGGCAGAAGCAGAUGCUGAAUAUGAUAAUGCUCUCAAGGAGGCCAUUAGAGGAGUGCAGGAUUCUGUAACUGCUAUUAUUGAGCACAUGGAAGAGGUCAGAUAUGAGAUUGCGGCCCUUGAAGCGGACUGAGUCGCUUCAUCUUAUUCAGAUGGCUCAGUGAGUUUCAUGCGAGCAACACAAAUCCUGAAAAUUUGUAACAGGUUUUUUUUAAAUGAAAAUUUGUAACAGCUCUCUUCAAAAAACUAAAAGCGCACAAAAAGAUUAUCGUUAUAUAUUGUAUAAACUUUUCUUG